AUGCAGACAACAAAUGCGCCGGAUUAUGUCGGUCUGGUUGCGAUCAUUGUCUCAUACAUCUUGAUAAUCCUUCUUGUAACGCCCUUCAAAAGAUUGUUCUUCAUCAACGAUGUGAACAUCUCAUUUCCUCAUGCUGAGCAUGAGCGCGUCCCUGUCUUCAUGAACUUUGUGUACGCGCUCUUUAUACCACUGGGCGUGCUCAUCUUGAUCAACAUCCUCUUACUUCGCUCUUCUGCGCACAAACACGAGGCGACAUAUCUUCCCUUCCUGAUCUCUAUCACCUUUACGGCGCUCCUCACCGAUAUCCUCAAGAACGCCGUUGGCCGCCCCAGACCGGAUUUGCUCGCCAGAUGUGUACCAGCGAGUGACGCGCCUAUGAACGUCCCCGUAGACAUCAGUGUCUGCACGGCGCCACACAACACACACCUUCUACAGGAUGGAUGGCGCAGUUUCCCGAGCGGACAUUCGAGCUUUUCGUUCUCCGGGCUGGGCUUCGUGGCGCUGUAUUUUGCUGGCCAACUGGGCGUUUUCCGAACCGGCAGCCGUGAUCUAGGACGAUUUCUGGUCUUCCUCGCGCCAUUGGUGGGAGCCGCCAUGAUCGCUAUAUCUCGUUGCGAAGAUUAUCGCCACGAUGUAUACGACGUAUGCGUAGGCUCAGCGCUGGGAAUGACCGUCGCAUAUUGGAGCUACAGGAGAUACUGGCCGAAGCUGUCUAGUGCCAAGUGCAGCGAGCCGUACCCCCUGCCGACUAGGGAGGGUAUGAAUGGAGACAGUAAUGCUGUAUGGCAGCGUGUGCGAGAUGAGGAGGAAGCCAGUGCUGAUGUAGGCUACGAAAUACAGCCGCUGCAGACGGAAAAUGACUGA